GAAGCUCAACUGUUGGUGAAUAUUUUGAUCCCGCUAUUGAUUGUGCGGAAGUUGUAGACAAAAUUCCUAGUGCAAAAAAUGGAUUUUAUUGGAUAAACCCAAAAGAAGUUUAUAAAGUUGUUAAGGCUUGGUGUGACGUCACUACAGAUGGAGGGGUUAUCUUUUAAUUGCAACAAAAAAUAAUUCUAUUACGUGGACAGUUCCAUCUUCUGCAGAAGUUGUUGAUCCUUUUGGUGAUCCACAUUGGUCCAGUAUAUUUGGAAAUAUUGAAAUCUUGGAUAUUCGUUUUCAGUUUUCAACGUCAAAAAAUUUUUCUGAUACCAAAGCACAUUGGAGUUUUAGACUUGCUAAUCCACGACGUUUAGAUAAACUUAUCAUUAGAGAUAAAGGUGGAUGUACAAAACACAAUCCUGGUAUUGGUGAUAUUCUGUUUGUUAAAGAUUUGCAAGUUGGUAAAGUUGUCAGUAAAGAUUUCCGUUGUUCUCUCUUUGGAGGACAUGUAUCUCCUAGGUUAGGAUGGGGGAUGAUGAACAAGUGUCUCCAGCGACCUUGUCAGGGAUUUGCUUUCAUCCCAGGAUUUAAAGACUUCAGAGUUGAUGAUUCUGGAUCGUUUAGUUACAGCGCCAAAAAUAACACUAGACGUUCAGGAAUUGUUCACAGCUCAACAGCGUUUAUUGGUUGUUCUCAUGCACAGUGUUGUGCUUGUUACGGGCCAAAAGGUGGAACAGAUAAUUAUUGUUUAAACAAUUGCACAUCGAUAAAUGGCGGGAAGGUAAUAAAAGAAGUUUAUACUUGGGUUUGGAUUCGUUCAUCUCUUCCUAAACGUCUUUGGAGAAAAUGCAUCGAUUACACUGUUAAAGAUUCGCAGGGAAAUGAGGAAAGUUACAGACUGGACGAAGAAACAGGAGUUAAAGAAAAAGGAAAUUGUGCUACGAUGCAGGAAAUAAAGAAAAAUGGCGCAGUCUUGGUUGUUCCUGAUACUAAGAGACUCAAAAAGAUUCCACGUGCACCAGGAUUGCUUGUUUUUCUUCCAAAAAGUAAAAAGCUUCAAAUUCAAAGUCAACACGAAUUGGAGACGAUUGCAAUGAAGUCUGAAGUUACCGAAGCAGAAAAAACUUUUUUCCAAAAAUUGACGAAGGAACAGCAGAAACAAACUUUGAUCAACAAAAACUUUCGAAAAAAACAAAAAAAAAUUGAGCAAAAGCUGGUGAAUUUAGAAGCUAAAACUGUAAAUAAGCAGAAAGCUUUGGAAAAACAACAAAAAUCAUCAAAGAAAAUAUUAGAAGGAAAGAUAAAAAAAGUCGACAAGCAGCAAAAUAUUUCUGAAAGCAAUUUAAAAUCUACAAUACAACGUUUGACUCGGCGGAUACAGACACUUGAAAAUAAGAAAAUGAAUGAAAUUGACUCAAUAAUAUUGAGAGGAAAGACAACCUACAAGAACUUGUUGUCAAAAUGGGUUCCUUUCUCCCAGUCUUGGACAUUAUGUUACCGAGCUAGUCGUGAUGGUUGGAGAUCAAGAACUUUUCAUUCCAGAUGUGACAACAAAGGACCAACUGUAACAAUUAUCCGUUAUAAUUCAUAUAUAUUUGGUGGUUACACAGAUGCAUUAUGGGGAGGUUCAUCAAGAUUUAUUUCAAGCUGGGAAUCUUUCAUAUUUUCAUUCAAGAACAGGUACAAUGUACCACCGUUCAAGGCUAAUUUAUAUCGAUAUAGUCAGUAUGCCAUAUACACUGCCUCCAGCUACGGACCAACAUUUGGUGGUGGACAUGAUAUUCGCAUAUAUGAUAACGCCAGAUCCAACUCCAACUCUUAUCUCAACUUUGGUCACACUUAUAAGUUACCUUCUGGCUAUAGUUAUCAAUCAGGUCAAAGCCAGAUUUUCUUAGCAGGAACCUAUUAUUUUAGACCUUCAGAAGUGGAAGUUUUCUACGCAGGUUAAAUUUACGUAUACGGCAAUAAAAAACUUUACCAGAAAUGUAUUUGUAAAUUCAAAAUGAGCAAAUAUACAGUUCAUAGAAA